AUGAACAGUAAUGGAGGUGGUGACGGUGCCGCACAGGGAGGUGAGGUCGCCGGAGGUCAAGGAGGUGGAUUCGCCGGCGCACAGGGAGGUGGUAUAGGCGGCGCUUACGGAGGGACCGCCGGAGGUCAGGGACGUGGGACCGCCGGCGCACAGGGAGGAGCCGUCGCCGGAGUUCUUGGAGGUGGGGUCGGCGGCGCAAAUGGAGGGGUUGCCGGAGGUCAGGGAGGUGGGGCCGCCGGAGGUCUGGGAGGUGGGGUCAGCGGCGCUCAUGGAGUGAUCGCCGGAGGUCGGGGACGUGGGGUUGGCGGCGCACAUGGAGGGCUCGGCGGCGGUCGGGCAGCUGGGGCCGCCGGAAGUCAGGGAUGUGGGGCCGGAGAAUUUACCUGGGUGAAAGGUCUAAACGGUGCGUUGGGACAUCUCAAGGGGGCGUUGGUGACCGUCAAUAACGUGUUGACCGACAUGGAAGGCGAUGAGAGUGGUAAGAUACGGAAGGAGUGUCAUCAUGCAAUCGUAAGGGUGAGAGAUUUGGAUAAGGUAUUGGGCUCGAUCAUUAGAACAUUGGCCCAGCCUGAUCAUGAGCUGAACAAGAAACUCAUCUUCCCGGGCCUGGUUCAGGCCUUCUAUAAAGAAGCUCUCGCGGUUUACCAAUAUUCACACGACAUGGACCGGGUGACUCUUAGCCAACCCAAUCUCCGUUUCCCACCCAGCUUCCGGAUCCUUUUAGCAGGGUUCAGUAGAAUUCAUAUGGCAAUGGCUGUCUUUCAUCACCUUCUCAACAGUGUGGAGAACAAUAUGCCGAACAAUCUGCCGGGUCUCACCUUGCAAAAGGCCGCUAUGAUGUUGCAAUUCACCGUUGUCAUCACUCGUGCCACCGCUGAUCUGCACCUGAAUGAUGGGUUACCUGAAGGAAAUGCAAAUGGUCCUGCUGCUGGAGGAAUUGUCCAUAUCGCAUCCAGAUAUCUCGAAAGAUUAAGGCUGACAGAAGAUGUACUGUGGGUUGCGCACAGGAACAUUCACGGCGCCAUUGAUGAUAUACAUGUGGCCCGUAAACAAAAGAAUCUGCCCAUUGCUGUCAAAAAGGCUGUCAAAAAUGCUGUGAAGUUGAUGCGGAACUCGAAUAGUCAGAUGCCUAGCCUAGUUGAACAAAUGCAUGAUGCAGGGAACCAUAUCCGUGGGAGAAUAAAUUUCCAGGCACAUGAUCAUGGAACCCAGAUCCUCCGUCCAUUUCAUGAUCAAAUGCAUCAGAUAUGUGAGAGGGCUGAAGCCAUUCACCAAUCUGGAGCCAGUGUCCACAGUGGUCUACUAGUCUGCAUUGAGAACCAAAUCCUUGGCCUAGCACAGACCACGAUUCAAUGCAAUUUGGCUCAAGUCUAUCUGCAACUGAGUAAAGUUCUACUGGCCACUCAGGCUUUCGCUGGUCUGCUGAACCCAGCCGCUGAUCACUAG